UUUGAUUUGGCGUCCAGUUUUGUAAUAGAUUACAUGCACUGUGUACUGCUAGGGGUAGUGAAAAUGCUAAUGGCCACCUGGUUUGACAGUAAGUAUCAUGCAGAGCCAUGGUAUCUCGGACGACAGUUGAAAACAAUUGACGAGAGGCUGCUGGCCAUCCAGCCACCCGAUUUUAUCACUAGAACGCCGCGCUCUGUCAGGCAUAGAAUGUAUUGGAAAGCAAGUGAGUUCAGGGCAUGGCUACUUUUUUAUUCUAUUCCAGUACUUUCUGGCAUUCUUCCACUGGCUCAUCUGCAACAUUUUGUCCUCCUCGUCUCCGCCAUCCAUAUGCUGUUGAAGCAGUCUGUGAGACGUCACGAAAUUGAUCUGGCCGAAACUUUUCUUAGUCGCUUUGUUGAAGAGUCCGCAUCACUUUAUGGACCACAGUUUUUAACUUUCAACAUGCACCAGUUAACACAUCUCGGUCUUUCUGUAAGACGUUGGGGCCCCCUCUGGGCAACGUCUGCAUUUCUUUUUGAAGAUAGAAAUGGUGAACUAGUUAGAGUUAUCCAAGGCACCAGGGCAAUCGAUAAGCAACUUGCUACUCUUGUCGGGAUCGGAAAUGCACUUAACUCAAUUGAGCGACGCAUGGAUAAGGGCUCUACUGCAUUUUCUGUCUUGAACAGAAUUCGGAAUGUUCGUUUUCCAAAACAGACUACAGACGGAUCUGUAAAACUCGAUGGACGCCCAUGUCAAGCGAACAGAAAGAUAGCAAGUUUCUUAUCGACCCAGUCUAUGUUCGACAAUGCAUUGAUCUACAAGAGGGCAACGAUUGGUUGUGUCACUUUCACAUCUAGUAUUUAUGAAAACCAGAAACUUAGAAAUAACAGAACAGUCAGAUGUACUACUGAAAACGGUAUUUGCUAUGCAUCCAUUGAGUGCUUUGUGAAGAACAGCAUGGAAGUGUAUGCUGUCCUCAACGAGUUUUUUAUCGAUGAUUCUGAGACAAUAGUACACGAGAGCAUGAACUACUCACUUUCCCAAUUCAUCCCUGUGUAUUCCGCCGACAAUCAGCUUGUCAUUGUCCCCCUUCCCCAAACAGAACUCCACAAGUGUAUUUUUGUUCUCGAUUACAUUGUUUCAACACCGAAUCUGUUUGAGAUGAAUUUGUAAAGCCCAGUAGACUGCUCCUUUCCUAAUUGUUACUGUACAUGCCCCCUGGACAUUGAGCUGCAGCACAUGAUCAGAACCUUUGCUAUGUUGUCCUGAGCUGCCCGCAAUAUAACAGAGGCUUAUUGCGGAAAAGGCGCCGUGUAACCAAACUUUUGGUUGCACAUCUAGAGGUCCCCAGGUGGUUGAAUUAAUCCUCAGUCCCCCCUUGGGUGUGCCAGAUACCCUUCGUAUGUUUGGCACGUAAACGCCCAAAUUUACUAUUACCUUGGUUUCUCCAAAAACUCUUGUGUGGUUCCACUUGAUCUUAAACACUUUUCAAAAAUGUAUUGCACAAAUGAACUUGGUACGCAUGGUGUGCCUUGAUGGUGGACUUAGAUGGUCUUACACAUCACUUUGGCUCCCAGCUUAAAGCAAAACGAAACAACAAAAUGUCAUAUGUGUGGUCAUAAGUUUUACAUAUAUUUGUACUGUGCAUAUCUUUUCAGCUCUUACAAAAUGUGGGGGUGGGCACUUAAUGUGAAAUGGGCGGAUGCUCGGUAUUUUACGGUAUUUACCAAACUACCUCCCUUCCCCGCUGAUUGAGGAAAAAGUUUUGUGAAUUCUGCUUUAAAAAAAUGGUGAACCGAAAUUUG